AAUCCAAUGGACCGUGCCCAACGUGGCGAGGGCUGGUGUUCCCCCUCCUCAUGCCCGAUGGGGCGGCCUCUCUGUCCCCCUGUGAGCCCAGCCGGCUGUGGGACCGCAGUUCUGGCGCUGCCCACCCAUCCUGGCCUCUUCCACAGAGCAGCGAGAGCGGAGGAGACCCUCCCGGCUCAAGCCCACCGUCCGUGGCAGCCCCGGGAGACGCCGCCCCAGUGGGAGGCCGACUCUCGGGGGCCCCUCUCCGGGACAAUCUGAACAACCUCAACCUUCCGUCCACCUUUGGACUGCCCCCCAAGAGGACUCCCCACCUGGGCAGCCCGGCCGAGGGGGAGGGGGAGAAACUGCUGGGGGAGCCGGGCACGGCCGCCGACCCCCCCGAGAGAUUGGCGUGUCCAGACUGCGGCAAGGCCUACCACACCGUCACGGGCCUGGCACGGCACCGGCAGCUGCGUUGCAAGCUGCAGUCGGCGGGCAGGAAAUACUUCAACUGCAAGUACUGCGAGAAGGAGUACGCCAGCCUGGGGGCCCUCAAGAUGCACAUCCGCACCCACACGCUGCCUUGCGUCUGCAGGAUCUGCAGCAAGGCCUUCUCCCGACCCUGGCUGCUCCAGGGGCACAUCCGGACCCACACAG